GCAUAUAUAUCCUUCACAGAUCAAUGGACAGGUGUUUGGUUUUGGUUGUUGUAUUGGUAUCCCUUUGCAUGACAACUCGGGGGGCUGUGGCCUCAGGGGUAUCAAAAUCAAAACCAAAAUCGAAUAGCUCAGCUGCUGCUGAUGAGGCUGCUUUAUUGGCCUUCAAAACAGCAAUUACAUCCGAUCCCUUUGGCAUCUUGUCCAACAACUGGUCUCAUCACACUCCAUAUUGUGAUUGGAUUGGUGUUACUUGUAGCGGUUGGCACCAAAGAGUGACCCAAUUGAAUCUCUUCAAUAUGGGUCUCAACGGCACCAUUCCUGAGGAGAUUGGUGGCCUCUCAUUCCUUUCAACUUUCAACAUCAGCACUAAUAGUUUCCAUGGCCAUAUCCCACAAAGCAUUGGAAUAUUGACCAAACUCCAAAGUUUGGAUCUGUCCUACAACAAUCUCACUGCAAACAUUCCUGCAACAAUAUACAACAUUUCUUCCUUGCAAUUUGUAGACUUGAGAAACAAUGAUCUAUCAGGGACGCUCCCCCGUGGCAUUUGUGAUAACUUCAGGCAGCUACAAGGCUUGUAUCUUUCAGCAAAUCGAUUCAGUGGUGAGAUUCCAUCAAGUCUACCCAAAUGUAUGGACCUUAGAUUUUUUAAUUUAGGAGACAAUGAAUUUCAUGGAAGCAUACCACCUGAAAUUGGCAACUUUUCCAAGCUCGAGUGGUUAAUGCUAUAUGGCAACAACUUGACAGGAGAUUUACCUUGGACAAUCUUCAAUAUAUCAUCAUUAGUAAGGCUUAAUAUUCGCAUGAAUGAAAUCUCUGGAAUCCUUCCAAACGACCUCUGUUAUCAAAUUCCGGAAUUGGAGUAUCUGGAUAUUUCCAAAAACCAAAUUCAUGGAGAAAUCCCUCAAGCUCUAUCUAGUUGCAGGAGACUUCAAGUGCUUUCCAUGUCUAACAAUCAACUCUCCGGAAGAUUCCCUACUCAAAUCUGCAACAUAUCAUCUCUUCAGGAGCUUUAUCUUACUUGACAGGGCACUUGCCAAAGGAGAUUGGGAAGUUGUCAAUCCUUCGAGAGUUUAGAGUUUUUGUAAACCACUUGACUGGUACAAUACCCCAUUCUAUUGGCAAUAUAUCGACUUUGGAGAAUUUUGUUGUUAAUCAAAAAA